AUGCAGAUGAUUGCACGGCUACUUCUUUUACUGUGGAUUUUGUGCAGCGUGUUGGUCGCAUUCUCCAAUUGCAGAACUUUGUGCUCAAGGAUUUUCUUUCAAAAUAUCAAUGAAGAAACCAUGCCUUACAAAGUCAUUGAAGGUGUAUACACCAAGGAGAAUUACAGUCACAACAACUUCCCUGUGUAUCGGCGAGAAAAUGGCGAUCUGCUGUUUUACUAUAAUACAUCCACGGAAGUCCAAAAAAGUUUGAUUUUUGGACUUAAUCUAAGCGACUACUUUGGCGUCGCUGCUGAUGUUUAUAGCACUGUUGAUCCUGUGUCGUGGCUGACUUCAAGGAGUUUGGAUAGAAGUGAUGUCUUUGGAGGAUUAAUAAGCUAUUGGCAAUUUUGGAACAUGCGCGAUAAAAGGAAUGGCUAUGUCACAGUUAGUAGUUCGUCACCUAUGAUUAAAGCUGUAUGCGUGGAUGAAGAUUUCAGAGAAUGUAACUCGGAUAGACUCUACUUGAAUGACAAUUUCACCGAUGGAAGGGGGAAUGUUGUGAACGAUCUCACUCGAGAUUAUUUCUUUCGCAAGCAAGGUGUCUUCCGUAACCUUCGCCCUGUGUAUCAGCAUAGUAGACAAACGUGGUAUCUUCAAUACACUGCAGACGGCUUCUGGGUGGUAACAGAAAGGUACUCACCAAGCAAUUCAAAUGAUAACGUUUUAAUGAAGACUAAAGAUUUUGCCCUGCGACCAGAGUACAUCAGCAAGACUUGGUCGGUCCAUUACAAUGGAUGGCGUUAUAUGCCUAAACUGAGAGUCUUGUGUAGAGGAGUAAAUUCAAUGUCGAAUACUUGUCUAUCAAAGCCAUGUAAUAGCAAAGCUACAUGCAUCUACACUUCCGGUAACGAAACACUUUGUCUCUGUCCUUCCGGUUACACCGGUGUGACAUGCUCUAGCAACAAACAGUGCCCCACUCCCUACCUCUUAUCUGGCACAGAACUAAACUUUGCAUAUCCAGGAAGAAGGCCUGGCGAUCUCGGUUUUUCCUUCUGCAGUGGACCGUAUCCUUCUGUAAGGUUUUCCCUCUGUGUGGAUAUGAAAUACAGCGCUAAUCCUUACUGGAGUAAACAAGGGAAAGCCUGCCGUAGAGGGAAUACUGACAGCGAUUCUUUUCCCUGGAAACCUUGGUAUGCACCAACCCUGGAGGUCUGGACACCUUGGAAUAGACAAACGAGCGAGAGGUCCUGGAGACCUUGGUAUCCAUCUACCCCCGAGGUCUGGACACCUUGGUAUAGUGAAACCACCGAGAGGCCCUGGCCUCCUUGGUAUCCACGAACUCGAGCUCGAAGUGUUAACUUUGAUGACAACAGUACUGGUGUAAUCGUGCCCGUGGUUCUUACUUCCGCCGCACUUCUAGAAUUGUUCCUGCCACUUAUUAUCUACUGCUGCGCUGUUUGCAAAAAAAAAAGUAAGGAAAGAAGAGAAGAACUCGAAGAUCGUAGGACGUUAAUGGAAGUUAGCGGAGAAUUAGAAAGGAGACUGGAACAAAUUGCUAGGGCCGAAAGCCAAGAGGAACUCGAUCGUGGUGUUCAGGAUUACCAGCAAACCGUCCAGGAAUAUCAAUGUGAGAACGAAGGCAAAGAACUGAGCCGCAAACGAGGCUUGUACAGGAAUGCAAGUUUAUGGCGAAUCAUUUCCAUGCACUUGUUUUUUUCCUUUUACCUAUGGAUCGUGUAUCUGGUCGGUUGUGAAAUUUCCCAGUGUACUCAAUAUGGACGUAUUUUCGUCUACUUAAAAAUCUUUGGGUUUGUUAUGCUGUGCAUCUCGUUGGUGUACAUUUUCAUAGAAAGCAUCUUCUCCCACGAGCUGGAUUACUUAAGAAACAUCAUGCAGGACGAGACCGCAUGGGGAUACAUACAAAAUAUGCAGCAAGUCGCACCCAGAAUUUUCAUGGUCGUGGAGUGCUAUCAUUUUGAAACGCGUACCCGUGUCGUGAACUACACAGACGCGAAUGGAAACACGCAGUCUCGCACAGAAACUUAUACCGUGAGGGUUGUGACAUUCGUAGACCACGAUGAAUUCUCGUUCGGCUCGUGGGUUGACAUUUCCAAAAGAGAAAUGCCAGCACUGAGUACAGUGUCUCUUACUCGAGUAAGAAUUGAUCCGUAUGUCUUGUUUGGUGAUCAGGAGACAGCGGAUGAUUUCGAGAGACAAGCAGCAGUCAUGAUAGAACGGAAUCGUCACCGAGAUGCCUUUACGGAUUUUUCAUCGAGUGGGGAAAUUCCUGGGCUAAAGAAGAGGUUUUCUGCUUAUGUGGAUUUUAGGGUGAAGCCUUGGUGGAUUCGACCACUGUUCUUUUGGCUGGCCACGCUGUUGCAGAUGAGUUGGCCUUAUCGCUGGCUGUUCAGAGCCAGGACCAGUAAAUGUUACUAUGCUCUAAGGAAGAAAUUGUACAAGAGUACCACACCCCCACGAGAAGUAGACACUAUGGAUCCAAUAGCAAUGCUGGCGGAUGAUGCAUGGUCCAGUGACUCCAGCGACCCGAACCAUAUGUCUAAUUGCAUGACGGAGAUCGUCAAUCCAGGCAUAGGUAACCCCGCCUUCCAAAACGGCUGCGCACCUUAUCCACCUGGCAAUCCAACUUUGGGACCUGGCUUCUCGGUCGCACCCCGACCAACAUCCCCUGCAACAUACGACGCAGGUACUCCACACCCAUCGCCAAAUGCACCGAAUAUUCUCGGACCUCCUGUGUAUAGUUCCUAUCCCACCGGUAAAACUGCGUAUCCUACCCAGUCACCCGGACCUGUCUACCCUCCUUAUUCUUUGGUACCGCAGCCAGACGCACCCCCGCCAUCAUACGAUUUUUCGUAUGAUAGGAUACACUCCUGAUAUUCCCCAAGCAAGUAACGAGAAAAACUCCCCUGCGCCUUGAUGGCUCAAAAAAAGGCUGUCGAGAAAAUAUAAGAGAAAAACAACAUAUCUCUAGUGUUACCCGGAAGCUUCUAACAGUUUCUUUCUUCAUUUAUGUAGUAAAACGAAAUGGAAAUGAAAAAGAUAAGUAGUUAUAUACGCUAAGAAAGGAGCAGCGAUGGAAAUCUGUUCACACAAAAACCUGAUUGUUUUCAUCGAAACGCAUCCAUUUGAAAUCGCUCUUGGAAGUGGACGCUCGAAAACGGAGUGAAAACGAAUCAAAAUGAAACGAUGUCGUCAUUCAGAGGACAAAGGGAUAUCCUGACUAUUCUUAGCGUUAAAACCCGAUUUUGUCCCUUCACUAUUAAAUAGCGCAAAAUGUCGUCAGGGCAUACAAGUUUGGACGGAAGAAGUGUUAAAUGAUUGGCGAUAAACGCCCUACAUUUGUGGUACCAACAAUAUAUUUUUUACAAAAAAAAUCAUAUUCCAUGAUCGAAGUAGCCUAAGAGAACAGCCGACAUCUCGCGGGGAAGCCAGUAGUGGCGUCGCCGAAUGUUAACCUGCGAACGCAGACGUAUAGCGACGACCGGAAAUACGUCUGCUUUCGCAGGCUACGAAAUGUCAUCUGUUUCCUCGUUUGCUAGGCUAUGAUUAGUCUGCUUAAUAGGGGCGAAAUGCCCCGUUCGCCUCGCUUGGCUCUUAAGCGCUUGUUAUGCAGCUUAGUAUGAUCGCAGUUUAAAUAAUUGCCUAACUGAUUGUAUGCGAAACAAAAUGAAUCAGAGUCAUCAAAUGAGGUCUCUUGUUUUAAACACGGUAGCCAAAUGAACAAUUCUUGCAUGUAUUAAACAGGGUUUUUAGGCCUCAGGGACACACCUCUACCCACCUUUGCCUGAGUCCCCCUCCCCCUCCCCCGCCUCCCCCAUUAACCCCAUGUCAGAUGAAGUUUUUUUCCGAGAAACGGCAGGAAAAAUUAAUGUUUGAUAGCUUCAUGCUUUGUUCAAUAUAUCUAGGUUAAGCUAUUAAAGACCGUUUACCAGUUCUUAACGAGCUAGAAAUUCAGAUGUCUCGAACAUCAGUAACAUUUAACUUUCAAACUGUGGGGUCAUCUGUUUCGUCUCGGCUUCUGUUACAAACAAGGAAAUAGAGGAGACGUCUACACGCAGGCUAGGUCCUCACUCGUUGCAAAUUGAUACCCUUCAUAUCAGUAACUUCCGCUAAAAAAUAGGUCAGUCGAUUACUGCUUUCGAUACUGCAUAUUGCGACAUUUGAAAGCCGUUUCUGAGAAAAUUAUCAUUCAGAGCCUUCUUCGGAGAUCACGAUGGCACGGCUACUACUUUUACUGUUGAUUUUGUGUAGCAGGGGCGGAUCUAGGGGGAGGGUGCAGGGGGUGCGCACCCCCCCCCCCUUCCCCUGAGAUGACCUGCGGUUUUCUACAACUGGUAUUCUGCAAAAAAAAACUAUGUGGUUUAUUGGUGUUGAAGUAGAGCAAGAGACGAGUGCAUCCCCUCCUAAAAAAAAUCCUGGAUCCGCCCCUGUGUAGCAUGUUGAUCGCAUUCUGCAGUUGCAGAAAUUUGUGCUCAAGGAUUUUCUUUCAAAACAUCAAUGAGGGAACCAUGCCUUACAAAAUCAUUGAAGGUGCAUACACCAAGGAGAAUUACAACCACAACAACUUCCCAGUGUAUAGGCAAGAAAACGGCAAUCUACUGUUUUACUUUCAUAUUUCCAAGAAAGGCCAGAAAUAUUUGUCUUUUGGACUUAAUCUAAAAGACUACUUUGGCGUUGCCGCUGCUGUUUUUGGCGCUGUUGAUCCUGUGUCUUGGCUGAGCUCCGGGAGUUUAAAUAGAAGUGAUGUCUUUGGAGGAUUGGUAUACAAGUGGAUGUUCUACCACACGCGUCACAAAACCAAUUACUAUGUUACAGUUAGUAGUUCGUCACCUAUGAUUAAAGCUGUAUGCGUGGAUGAAGAUUUCAGAGAAUGUAACUCGGACAGACUUUACCUGAAUGACCAUUUCACCGAUGGAAAGGGGAAUGUUGUAAACGAUCUCACUCGAGAUUAUUUCUUUCGCAAGCAAGAUCUCUUCCAGAACCUUCGCCCUGUGUAUCAGCAUAGUAGACAAAAGUGGUACCUUGAAUACAUAAACGGCCUCUGGAUGAUAACAGAGUAUUUCCCCAGGCAAUCAGUAGUUUUUAACAUUUUAUUGAAGACUAAAGAUUUCGCCCUACGACCAGAGUACAUCAGUAAGACUUGGUCGGUCCCUUUCAAUGGAUGGCGCGAAAUGCCUGUUAGACUCUAA